CACGCCUCACGACCACUCGGCCGGUCCACGGGCUAGAGCCAGCGCUGGAGAGGCGCUGACUACCGCCGGUGGCCGCGUUGUGUUGCCGACCUUGCCCCAACCCCACGGCCAACUCCCAGAUGGCGCAGUGAAGAUGUCCGUGGCCGCAGCCGCCUUCUCCAAUGGAUUCUUGCUGGACGACUGGAGGGUGGAAGCAGAGAUGGGCAGGGUGAGCCGCAGCCUGGAGCUGGGCUCCGUCAUGACCCUGUUCCAUCAGAAGAAGUCUCAGAGACCCGAGAGGAAGACGUUCCAGGUUAGACUGGAGACUCGGCAGAUCACCUGGAGCAGGACAUGCGAGAAGACGGAGGGCGAGAUUGAUAUACGGGAAAUUAAAGAAAUUCGACCUGGGAAGAACUCGAGGGAUUUUGAUCGAUACCCAGAUGAGGCGCGGAAACUGGACAGCGGUCUGUGCUUUGUCAUUCUCUACGGGAUGGAGUUCAGACUCAAGACACUCAGUCUCUCAGCAUUCAAUGAAGAUGACAUCAACACGUGGAUAACAGGAUUGAACUGGUUGGUGCACGACGUGCAGAAAUCUCCUACACCUCUCCACUUGGAACGGUGGCUCAGGAAACAGUACAACACAAUGGACAGGAACAAAGAGAACAGCGUCACGGUAAAGGAGUUGAAGGCGUUGCUGCCGCAGGUCAACUACAGAGUGCCCAACAUGAGGUUCCUCAGAGACAGACUGUCGGAGCUGGACACGAGGAUGGACAUGAGCUGCGGACACUUUGGCCAAUUCUACCGGAACCUGAUGUUUGAUGCACAGAAGCCGAUAAUUGAACAGCUGGAGCUGUCGUUUCCUCUCAGGAAUGUGGAGAGGCCAGAACACUGCCAAGUGACGCUCUUUGACUUCCAGAAGUUUCUGCAGUAUGAUCAGAAGGAAAGUUGGGCAAGUGACACUAACAAAGUGCGUGAAUGCAUCUUUAAUUACUUGAAAGACCCUCUGCGGGAGACAUCAGACCCAGUGCUUCAACUGGAUGAGUUCCUGGCGUAUCUGUUCUCCAAAGAGAACAUGAUUUUGGACUCUCGCUUUGACCGUGUGUGCCCUGAAGAGAUGAAUCACCCUCUCUCCUUCUACUGGAUCUCCUCCUCACACAACACGUACCUGACUGGGGACCAGUUUUCCAGUGAGUCGUCGCUAGAAGCCUACGCUCGAUGCCUGAGGAUGGGAUGCCGCUGCAUAGAACUGGACUGCUGGGAUGGACCAGAUGACCUGCCCAUCAUUUAUCACGGACACACACUAACCUCCAAAAUCAAGUUCCUGGACGUUCUCUACACCAUCAAGGACCAUGCCUUCGUCACCUCAGAGUACCCCAUAAUCCUCUCCAUUGAGGACCACUGCAGCGUUGUACAGCAGAGGAACAUGGCUUCCUACUUCAAGAAGGUGUUUGGAGACAUGUUGCUGACCAAACCCGUGGACAUUAAUGCUGAUGAACUCCCAUCCCCCAAUCAGCUGAAGAAGAAGAUUCUGAUCAAGCACAAGAAGCUGGUGGAGGGUAACCUGUAUGAAGAGGUGACGUCAGGCAGCUACUCUGAGAAUGACAUCAGCAACUCCAUCAAGAACGGCAUCCUGUACCUAGAGGACCCCAUUGACCACAAUUGGAGUCCUCAUUAUUUUGUCCUGACGAGUAAUAAGAUCUACUACUCUGAGGAAACAUCCAGGUACCAUAACAAUGAGGAUGAAGAAGAAGAGGAACACAAGGAGGUAGGUCCCAGUGAAGAACUCACUAUGGAGUAUUGUGCCUGGUUCCUGUCACGAGUGACCGGAACUACAGAUCACUCUGUGUCUGUCUGCGAUGUAAACCUGCAUCUGCGGUUACUAACACGCCUAAUGACAUGUUGUCCCACCAGGUGGUAUCACGCUAACCUCACGCGGCUCCAGGCAGAACACAUGUUGAUGCGUGUGCCACGGGAUGGGGCGUUCCUGGUGCGCAUGAGGAACGAGGCCAACUCCUACGCCAUCUCCUUCCGGGCAGAGGGCAAGAUCAAACACUGCCGUAUCCAGCAGGAGGGUCGCCUCUUCAUGCUGGGCAGCUCGGCCGAGUUUGAGAGCCUGGUCGACCUGGUCAACUACUACGAGAAGCACUCGCUGUAUCGCAAGAUGAAGCUUCGCUACCCCAUCAACGAGGAGACGCUGGAGAAGAUGGGAACCACGGAGCUGGACUAUGGAGCCUUGUACGAGAUGAGGACACCACACUUCUACGUAGAAGCCAAUAAGAUGCCAACAGUAAGGUGCUCGGUGAAGGCCUUGUACGACUACAAGGCCCAGCGGGAGGAUGAGCUGUCCUUCUGCAAGCAGGCCCUGAUCCACAACGUGGACAAGCAGGAGGGGGGCUGGUGGAGAGGGGAUUAUGGGGGCAAGAAGCAGCUGUGGUUCCCGGCCAAUUACGUGGAGGAGACCAGCAACGAGACGGCAGCGGUGGAGCCCGACGGGAGGUCGGUGGAGAACAGUCCACUGGGAAGUUUCCUCAAAGGGUUUAUUGAUGUUCCGACGUGCUACGUGGUGAUACAGAAGGAUGGCAAGGGGAGCAAGCAGUACGUGUUCACCAUCAACUCCCAGCAGACGUGUCACCCCGCGCAGCUGCUCGACGUGGCAGCCGACAGUCAGGACGACCUGACCGACUGGGUGGCCAAGAUCCGUGAAGCAGCGCAGAACGCAGACGCCAGGAUGCAGGAAGGGAAGAUCAUGGAGAGACGGAAGAAGAUUGCACUGGAGCUGUCGGAGCUUGUGGUUUAUUGCCGUCCCGUGCCCUUCGAUGAAGAGAAGAUCGGCACGGACAAGGCGUGUUACCGGGACAUGUCAUCGUUCCCGGAGACCAAGGCUGAGAAAUACGCCAACAAGGGCAAAGGCAAGAGGUUCCUGCAGUACAACCACCGGCAGCUGAGUCGGGUUUACCCGCGCGGGCAGCGGCUCGACUCCUCCAACUACGACCCACUGCCCAUGUGGCUGUGUGGCAGUCAGCUGGUGGCCCUCAACUUCCAGACGCCAGACAAGCCGAUGCAACUGAACCAGGCGAUCUUCAGCAUGAACGGCCGUUGUGGCUACGUGCUGCACCCCGACAUCAUGAAGGAGGACACCUUCGACCCCUUCGACAAGAACACCCUGAAAGGCGUGGAGCCCAUCACCAUCCAGCUACAGAUCCUGGGUGCUCGGCACCUGCCCAAGAACGGAAGGAGCAUCGUCUGCCCGUUUGUGGAGCUGGAGGUUUGCGGAGCGGAGUACGACAACAGCAAGUACAAGACAGAGGUGGUGGCUGACAACGGUCUCAACCCCGUCUGGCUCUUCAAGCAGUUUGUCUUUGAUGUCAACAACCCCAGCUUUGCCUUCCUGAAGUUCAUUGUGUACGAUGAGGACAUGUUCAGUGACCCCAACUUCCUGGCGCAGGCCACCUACCCCGUGACCGGGCUGAAAACAGGAUACAGAUCGGUGCCACUGAAGAACAGUUACAGCGAGGAGCUGGAUUUGGCAUCCCUGCUGGUUCACAUCGAGAUAGUCAAUGCCAAGGAGGAGGAUGAUGAGAACCUGUACUCAUCCAUCCAGCAACUGCGGGACCGGACCAGCGAGCUGAGCAGCCAAGUGUCCAGCUACCAGAGCAGCAACAGCGCUGACUCCCACUACCAGCAGCGGCUGGCCGAGCUGCGGGUGGUUCAAGACCAGCUCCAGGAGCUAACGGAGGCUCGCAACAAACGCCUGAUCGAGAAGAAGAAGCGGGAUCGACUCCGGCAGCAGGUGGUGAGCAAGAGGAACUGACCACCGCCAACACCCGGCAUCACCCACGCUGCCAACUGACCGCCAGCCACCGGCUCGCCGUUUCCAUGGAAACCCUCUGCCAACUCGGCCUACACUGGGGCAAAGCCUGGCGGAUUCCAUUCAGCCCAGGGAGCAGCAGUCCAGCCCAAGCCUUGUGGCAGCAAGAUCACAGACUAACGGAAUGUGUAGGAAGGAACUGCAGAUGCUGGUUUACACCCAAGAUACACAAAAUGCUGAAGUAACUCAGCGGGACAGGCAGCAUCUCUGGAGAGAAGGAAUGGGUGACGCUUCGGGAAGAAGGGAGACCUGCAAGUUGUUUCUUGUCAAACACUUAGCCAGCACUCUUCAUUUAAGAUUAUUAAGAGAUUGGACAGGCUAGAUGCAGGAAACAUGUUCCCGAUGUUGAGGGAGUCCAGAACCAGGGGCCACAGUUUAAGAAUAAGGUGUAGGUCAUUUCGGAGUGAGAUGAGGAAAAAUAAUUUCACCCAGAGAGUUGUGAAUCUGUUGAAUUCUCUGCCACAGAAGGCAGUGGAGGCCAAUUCACUUGAUGUUUUCAAGAGAGAGUUAGAUUUAGCUCGUAGUGCUAAUGGAAUCAAGGGAUAUGGGGAGAAAGCAGGAACGGGGUACUGAUUUUAGAUGAACAGCCAUGAUCACAAUGAAUGGCGGUGCUGGCUUGAAGGGCCAAAUGGCCUAAUCCUGCACACAUUUUCUAUGUUCUACAGAGGAUCCAGGACAAUCCAGGAUUGUCGUGUGAACAUCCAGCCUGAUUUUCUGUUCUAUUUCACCUCCUGCGUUGGGCCGAAUGGCCUACUCCCGCACCUAUUGUCUAUGUAACUAUGACCUGAAACGUCACCCAUUCCUUCACUCCAGAGAUUCCGCCUGAUCCCGCUGAGUUACUCCAGCAUUUUGCGUCUCUCACAGACAAACGUUUCAGCUCUGUGCCUUUUAACAUUUCUCUAUUUUCCCUCUCACCGUGUCAUGUUGGCAGAUGACUGGCUCUUUUCUAAACUGUCCCAGCGCCGGGAUGAUGUUUUGAACAUUGUGUUUUCCCAUCAGUUUGAGAGCAGCUCGCCGUUCCCGACAGACUAGGGCACGGUGAGGCGCGGCGAUAGUUUCUCUGCCUCUGUUGUUCACUCGCCUCCACCCUGGAUGUUCUGUGUGUGUGACACAUUCACUCUAAGUGUCACCUUCAUACUCUCCCCAUCGCCCGUUGUAGAGUAACUGGAGAGCUGCCAGUACAUAAAGUCACCGUGGUUUAUCACACCCAGAAACUAUGCACGCACGGCUGAGGAUAGAUAUCCUCUGUAGUUGGGACGUUUGUCCGUGUGUUGCUCAAUCAGGGCGCAGCCUGAACAGAAAGAAAACGCACACAGAAAACGCACAUGUGUUUUUUGGAGAUGUUUUGAUCUCUUGUUUAGUUAUGUAUUGCUCUGCUGGGAGCAGGUUUCUUUGUUUGUACCCUGCAACUGGCUUUGCCCAACUCAGCCAGUUGCCCACUGUUGGUCGGGCUGGAGACCGGUGCCAGCGACUAUCACACACACGCACCCGAACAUGCCACAGGGGACUUUUUUCUUUAAAGAAAUGAUUAUUUUUCCAGGUUUCAACUGUACAAAGUGAUGAGGGCGAGCGAGGCUCAGCGUAUAGGCAGAGCACUAGAGGCCCAGCGUAUAGGCAGAAGCCAGCACUAGCAAGCGUAAAUAACACAUGUAAAGCAACGAUGUAAUGCAGCUUUUAUGUUGACAGCUGAUUCACGGCUGAGAGCAAGCAGACCCAAUAAACAGUGUUAAUACCACA